UGCUGCAUGUGCCCCAAUCCAAUACAAAACAGCAAAUGGCGUCUGCGCAGUAUUUUGUUGAGCUUUGUCAGACAGCUCGUCGCUCUUUCGGACGCAUCCAAACUACUCCAGUACGCGAUCGUCACCUAAAGCGGACUCAUUAGUCGCCCAGCAUCCUGACCGCUAAAUACAUAUAACAAUUUUUUAAAGUUUAUAAUUUUAUUUAUUCAUUCUUUAUCAAAUUAAUAAUUUUAAAUUAAAAAAAAAAAAAAGAAGACUAUUCCAUUUUUUAAUUACUUUUUUUUUUAACGCACAAAUUUUAAAUUUAAAUAAAAAAAACUUGAGAAAACAAUUGACCAAACUAGUGAUAAAUAAAGUGAGUGUGUAAUUUAAUAAAAUAAAAUUGAACACGUGAAUUGAGCAGGUGAGCAGGUGGAGUUACGCAGGUAGCGCAGGCGUAUUAACCAGGAGCGGGAGCUUUUAAGUUUAACCCGUAAAAGUUGUUAACUAUAAAAACAAUGGACUGGUGAAAAUAAAAAUAAAAUAAACUGAAUAAAUUAAUAUUCUAAUAAUUAGUAAUUAUAAAUGGUGGACACACUGCUGACAGAAUUGUCAGCUUGGUACCACUCAAUGUUGCAACCGCCCUCUCCCUUACUGGAGAUGGCAUCCCUUCGUCUUCCGGACUCGGAGGAAUUUGAUCUGGAGUCGCGACACCGUACCAGUGGUAAUGUUUUGUUGACAACUGGUUCACCACCUCUGUACCUUGCAAAUGAUGUUUUUGUCCAAACAAAAGAUGACAUACGGGAUUAUCUUAACAAUUCAUUGAGUGAGCUGGUCACCGGUGGUUCAAGAACGGCCUUGGAAGAAUCUGGUUCGAGUAAUGUACUGUUUAACACCAGCGAUUCGGGUGCUAUACCAGUAGAACAUGUACCAGAUCGUUUUUACAGACACAGUAUGGCGAUGACCGCUGUUUAUUGUGUUGCUUAUAUGCUAGUAUUUAGUAUUGGACUCGUUGGCAAUAGUUUUGUUAUUGCAGUCGUUUAUCGGUCACCAAGAAUGCGUACUGUCACUAAUUUUUUCAUCGUUAAUCUUGCCGUUGCUGAUGUACUUGUAAUAGUUUUUUGUCUGCCUGCGACGCUUGUUGGUAACAUCUUAGUUCCUUGGGUUCUAGGACGAUUUAUGUGCAAGACUGUAUCCUAUAUUCAAGGAGUAUCAGUGGCUGCCUCUGUAUACAGCCUGGUUGCCGUUUCGUUGGACAGAUUUUUGGCGAUAUGGUGGCCAAUGAAAUGCCAGAUAACAAAACGUCGAGCUAGAAUGAUUAUAGUUGUAAUAUGGUUUAUCGCAUUAACAGCAACUUCCCCUUGGUUGUUAUUUUUCGACCUGAUAAAAUACGGUGAUGACCCAGAGUUGAGGUUCUGCGUGGAGCGAUGGCCGCGUCCACAAGACGGUACACUCUUCUUCCUAAUCGGUAAUCUUUUGCUGUGUUACGUAUUACCGAUGAUACUAAUAUCCUUGUGCUACAUUCUUAUCUGGAUAAAAGUGUGGCGUCGUCACAUACCAACGGAUACCAAGGACGCACAAAUGGAAAGGAUACAACAGAAAUCAAAGGUUAAGGUUGUAAAAAUGCUCGUUGUUGUUGUUAUUCUUUUUGUCCUGUCAUGGCUGCCACUGUACGUUAUAUUUGCGCGAAUAAAAUUGGGCGGGGAGCAGGCCGAGUGGGAGGAAGAAGUACAGACGAUUGUUACACCAAUUGCCCAGUGGUUGGGAUCAAGUAAUUCAUGCAUUAAUCCGAUACUCUAUGCAUUUUUUAAUAAAAAAUAUCGACGGGGUUUUAUGGCGAUACUGAAAAGCGGACGCUGUUGCGGUAAGCUCAGGUACUACGAAACAGUUGCCAUCAUGUCUUCUUCAACAAGCAUGAGAAAAUCAUCAUAUUAUGUUAACAAUAAUUCAUCAACACGUCGUACUUAUCAUGCGCCACCAGUACAUCAAGAUAGUAAUGUGUCUUACAUUUUUAAUCAUACUGGAGUGUAAUAAUAAUAAUACUAAUAAUGAUAACUAUAAUAAUAAUAAUAAAUAAUAAUAAUAAAUCCAUCACUGGAGUUUGAUAGAUUUUUUGUCAUUUUUGUAACAAGUAACAAAUAUUAUAUAUAUACAUACAUAAAUGAAAAUAUAAAAUAAAAGAAAAAUUGUUUUAUGAAAAUUGCUGGUCCGAGAAUUAGGAUCAAUGAUCGAUUGUAACUCGGAUUAGAUAAAGAUAAAAAUGUAUGAUUUAAGUGGGAAAGUAUAGCAAAGAUGUAAUUUAAUUUUGGUGGUAGAUAGAAAGGCAGAGAAGACAGAAAGGCAACUGGUUGUUUUCAAUAAAACGUCUGGCAGUCUCUUAUAUAUUUAAAUCGUUGUCACGAGCAGAUGGAAAAGUUGAUUGAUUACGGUCUCUUUCUGAGAUCUUAGAGCAGUCCGAAAGAUAAAUUUAUCUCUUAAAGUCAGCGACACGUGACACAUGAGACGAAUCACUUUGUCAUGCUUAAUAAGCAUUUUUAAAUAUUAUUAUAUUUUAAUAUUUAUUGAGAAAGAAAAAACCGUUUUUAACAGUUAUUAAUACACUUUUUCACGCAUGGUUCUCUAAUUGUGACGCAUUUCGCGUUUGUUGUAACCGUAUAUUAACUAUAUUUAUAUAAAUAUAUAAAUAAAUAAAAAAAAUAUAUAUUUAUUGAACUAUACAUAUUUAUCAUAUCCGGCAAUAGCUUGGCCGAACACCCAACACCUUAUUCUGAAAAAUUAAUAGUAAUAAAUAUAUAUACUAUAUAUAUUUUCUUACCGAAUAUCCAAUUUUAUCUGUCCGAUCAAGUGCGAUUUUUGUGUAGAAAAUAAAUGAGAGUUUAAAAUAAUACAUAUUUUUUUUCUCUUUGUAUACUGGUAGGCAAUGUAGGUUUAUAAAAAAAAAAUGGAACAAAUAAAUUUUUUCAUUGGAUUUUGAGGGCUGGAUAUCGUACCGCAAUACGCUUGAAUUAUAAUAAUAAUAACAACAACAAUAAUAAUAAUAAUAGUAAUAAUAAUAAUAAUAAUAAUAAUAAUAAUACAUA